UCGGCGUUAAACAGAGACGUAAACACAAACAACCGGAUUAAAAACCGCAAAAAACACAUGGAAAUGAGCUCACACUGACAACCCGUCACAACCGAAUGUAAACAUCGCUCCACAUGAACAUGAAUAAGAAGAGGAGGACAUUACAGACCAAUGUCCCAGAGGCCUUUUGCGCUCUGUGUCGACUCAGUGUUGAUGAUCCUGCUCUUUUUGGAGAAAAAGUCAAACUCAGUAACCACAAACUAUCUGUUCAUUACUUCUGUUUGCUGACAUCAUGCGGAAUCUACCAGCGUGGGCAAGAGGAUGAAGGUGUGUUUGGUUUCCUGGAGGACGACAUCAAACAGGAGAUGCGUCGCUCAGGACGACUGAAGUGUAUUGUGUGUAAGAAGAAGGGGGCGUGUGUGGGCUGUUACGUGUCCAGCUGUAAGAAGGUGGUCCACUUCCCCUGUGGACGCCAACACCAGUUCAUCUCCCAGUUCACCGGAGACUUCCCGUCCUACUGUCCCAGCCACGGUCCGUCUCAGUCUCUGGGUCCAGGAGGACAUUUGGACAUCAGCCUGCCUCGGUCCUGCUCUGUCUGUCUGGACUCCAUCGACCCCAUCCUGUCCUACUCUGUCCUCAAGUGUCCAUCCUGUCACACCAGCUGGUUCCACAGAGACUGUGUCCAGCGUCAGGCCCACAGUGCCGGGCUGUUCUUCUUCAGGUGUACGCUGUGCAACAACAAGGACCAGUUCCAGGAGGAGAUGCUGAGGAUGGGAAUCUACAUCCCAGAGAGAGAUGCAUCAUGGGAGCUGGAGACGAACGCGUACUCGGAGCUGCUGGAGGUUUACCGACGCUGUGAUGCCGUCAGCUGCAUCUGCGACAGAGGACGGACGCAUUCGGCGAGGAGCGGGUGGUUCGAGGUGAUCCGCUGCAGCCUCUGUGGAUCCAAAGGGACUCACAGGAAGUGUUCAGGCCUGACCCUGGAGACCAGAGACUGGGCCUGUAGCGACUGCACCCAGGUCACGGACGGACAAGUGUCUCUGGUGGCGUCUCCUCAGGGGGGUCCGAGGAGUCGUCUCCUGUGCAAACGCCAUCGCUCCUCCACCCACUGUUCCAUCAGCUGUAAGAGACCCUCGUUACCCAUCGGAUCCGGAUCCCCACAGGACCUCCUGAAGGCUCUGGUCCCUCAGCUCCGCCCCCUCAGUGUCCAGGUGGAGGCGAGGGUGGACAAGGUUCUGACGGCCAGUCUGGACCUGGUCAGGAGGACGGACUUCGACCCCACCCACACUCUGUCAGUCAGGUUCAAAGACGUGCAGCUGACUCCGUUUCCCAGCAGCCUCAGGGACAGCGACGUGGCCAGGCAGUACUUCUUCCAGCUUCUGCUGCAGCAGAUCCAGGACUCACCGGUGUUUGAGGGACCGGACGGGUCCAAAAACCUGGCUCUGGACUACCAGGCUCUGAAGGAUGACCUGUACUACGACGUGGGGUGCCUCCUGGCUCUGUGUCUGGUUCACGGAGGUUUACCGGUCGGAUUUUUCUCUCGUGGCCUCUUUCAGUGUCUGUUUAACUUCCCCCCGAACAGAGCGCUCACUGCCAAACACAUGACCCCCGGCACGCACUUCACACACCAAGUCUGCAGGAUCUCGGAGGUGCAGUCUCUUGUCGACCUACAGGAGGCGCUGGACGACAGCUGGGAGUACCUGGCGCUGGCGGGCUGUAACCGGCCAAUCAGCAGCCUGGAGGACAGGGACGCUCUGGUGGAGGAUCUGGUGAGCUUCACCAUGAUCACCAGGAUGCAGCUGCCUCUGCAGAGGUUUGGUGAAGGUCUGCAGACUCUGGGCGUCUUCGAUCAGGUCCAGGUCUUCCCGUCCCUCUUCUGCUCCGUCUUCUGCGAUGCGUCCGAGCCGCUCACAGCCCAGACGCUCAACCAGCUGUUCAGCGCCAGGUUCUCCUCCCAGCAUGCCGAGCGGCUGAGCAGAGAGACGGCCGUGGUGGGCUUCUGGAAGGACUUCCUGUCAGAGUGUGAAGUUGGACAGAGUUCCGUUUCCCUCCAGGACGUCCUUCGUUUCUCCACCGGUGCUGAUCAGCUGACGUCGGCUGGACUCCUCCCCCCUCCCUCCAUCUCCUUCCUCCACCCCCCAGGAGACAGCAAGAAGGCGGAGCGAGGACGGCGAGGACAGCGAAGACGAGCAGGAGGCGGGGCAGGAGGCGGAGUGGACGCGGGCCUGUUCCCUCAGAGCGACCCCGGCUGUCGGCGCCUCCUGCUGCCCGUCACCUCCUCCUACCAGGCCUUUAAGAGCUCCAUGGAGCAGGCCAUCAGCCACCACACCCACCUCCACCCGCCACGCAUCUAGACCGGGACCUGGGUCCAAACAGGACCAGACCCAGACCUCCAGAGGUUGCAGAGGGCACGUCUGAAUCAUGUCAUCAGUGGCAGUUAAGGCUCAGUUCAUGCGUUUCAGUGAGUUUGUCCAUUUCAGAAUCAGAUCUCCAAGAACAGAAACAGGUUGAUAAACAUCUGUCGACAACAGACUCAGUGACGCACACGAACACACCAGUCAAACUUUGAACUGUUUUGGAUGAUGUUACUGAUACGUUUGUCUGUAUCUGUAUCUUGUAAAGCCUCCUGUUGUUGGGAUUCUAAAGCAGCGUCUCGUAUGUGUUUUUAUGGUUUUUGUGUUGUACAUAGACUUUUUUAUCUUUUAAUCUUGAUUCGUUGCUGAAGUUUUUCUGUGAUCAUGAACAGUUUGGUUUAUUUCCUUCUGUUGUUUUUCAUGUUUGUUUUUCCUCCUCGUCGAUCAUCUGUGACAAACUUUAUUGCCUUCGAGUCUUCAUUUCCAUUUCCAUCCUUGUGAUUUUAGUAACCCUUUUUUUUUUGGAGACGACUGUUUAUUCCUUUAAAUUCAUUUGCUGUUAUUUUCUAAUGAGAAACACAUUGUUUUGUCAGAUUUUUAUUACAGAAAACAUGGUGCAUGACCAGAGAACACACAUUUAUGGAUGUUUUCAUGUCAAAAAAAACAGUCUGAUCAAUAAUGAAGAACUUGUUUGUUUUCAGAAUUAUGGAUUUAUUUAAAGGUCUAGAAAGUCAUUGUAAAGACACCUCAUUUUAUACCUACAAGGAAAAUACUUGGGAUUUUACAUAGACUGUUUUUACAUGAAAAUAUU